AGAAUGUCCAUAACAAGGAGCAGCCUGUUCCAAAGGGUCCCACUGCCUCUCUGUGUGUUUGUUAGUUUGGGGGUUUUCUUUUGUUUUGGUAAAACAGUAUGGUGGUUUGCUUUUAAUCUCUGCAGUGAUUAGCUUGCCGUAAGUAAGCAUUUUGUAUUCACAAGCUACUGUCUGGUGAUGAGCUGGUGUUUUAGGAUUUGAUGUUGUUUUUCAUCAUUGAGAACAUUGCCUGAAGCAGGUCCACCAUGCCGUUAGUAACCAGGAACAUCGAGCCAAGGCACCUGUGCCGUCAGACGUUGCCUAGCGAUACAAGCGAGCUGGAAUGCAGGACCAACAUCACCCUGGCAAAUGUCAUCCGACAGCUGGGCAGCCUGAGUAAAUAUGCAGAAGACAUUUUUGGAGAGAUUUGUACUCAGGCAAGUGCCUUUGCCUCCCGGGUAAACUCCCUUGCUGAGCGGGUUGACCGAGUACAAGUUAAAGUUACUCAGCUGGAUCCCAAGGAAGAAGAAGUGUCACUACAGGGAAUCAACACUCGAAAAGCCUUCAGAAGCUCCACUAUCCAAGACCAGAAGCUUUUUGACAGAAAUUCUCUUCCAGUGCCCGUCUUAGAAACCUACAACAGCUGUGAUGCUCCCCCACCUCUCAACAACCUAAGUCCUUACAGGGAUGAUGGGAAAGAGGCCCUCAAAUUCUACACCAACCCUUCAUACUUCUUUGAUCUCUGGAAGGAGAAGAUGCUGCAGGACACCAAGGAUAUCAUGAAAGAGAAGAGAAAGCACAGGAAAGAAAAGAAAGAUAAUCCGAAUAGAGGGAAUGUAAACCCACGUAAAAUCAAGACCCGUAAGGAGGAGUGGGAGAAGAUGAAGAUGGGGCAAGAAUUUGUAGAGUCCAAAGAAAAGCUGGGGCCUUCUGGAUACUCGUCGGCCUUGGUGUACCAGAACGGCAGCAUUGGCUCUGUUGAGAACGUGGAUGCAGGCAGCUACCCACCCCCACCACCGUCAGACUCUGCCUCCUCACCAUCUCCUUCCUUCUCGGAAGACAACCUGCCUCCCCCACCAGCAGAAUUCAGCUACCCUGCAGACAACCAAAGAGGAUCUGUCUUGGUUGGACCCAAAAGAACCAGCGUGGUCAGUCCGAGCCAUCCACCCCCAGCUCCUCCUCUGGGCUCUCCACCAGGCCCCAAACCUGGCUUUGCUCCACCACCUGCCCCUCCACCUCCACCUCCAAUGGGGGUGCCACCUCCGCUGCCACCUAUAGGAUUCGGGUCUCCUGGGACCCCUCCACCACCAUCACCUCCAUCUUUUCCACCUCACCCUGAUUUUGCUGCCCCUCCCCCACCUCCCCCACCACCAGCAACUGACUACCCAAUGCCACCACCUCCCUUGUCCCAACCAUCUGGAGGUGCCCCUCCCCCUCCCCCACCUCCUCCACCCCCAGGGCCCCCACCACUCCCCUUCAGUGAUGUCCAGCCUGCUGCACCACCAACGCCUCUUUCUGAUGCCACCAAGCCCAAGUCCUCGUUGCCUGCUGUGAGUGAUGCACGGAGUGACCUGCUUUCUGCCAUCCGUCAAGGCUUCCAGCUUCGAAGGGUCGAAGAGCAACGGGAACAGGAGAAGCGUGAUGUAGUGGGCAAUGAUGUGGCCACCAUCCUGUCACGUCGAAUCGCUGUUGAGUAUAGCGACUCGGAAGACGAUUCCUCUGAAUUUGAUGAAGACGACUGGUCGGAUUAACUUGCUGCCUGCUGCCCACAUUCCUUUUUCUGUCUUUCCUACCUGCCUUCUUUGAUUCCAACUGUAACAGUCUCAUGGGGGAAGAAGGGAGGACAAAGCAUUGCAAGGGCCAAAGCUUCCCUGGAACAACCAAAGACCUAGCUGAGUGCUCCUCCAAAUCGCCAUGUACUUCUUCUCUCUUCCCUGGCCGUGAGCUCUUGAGGGUCCACAGUUGAGCUGAUCCCUUCUCCUCAAGUGACUGUUCACUGUCGAAAGGAAGAAAAACCCACAGCAGUCCCUUUGGUUGGGUUUCAACUGGAGACAGUGCCUUCCCCUAAGAACCCUUUUAACCUGUGGUCUUCCUCAAGACCCUCACAUCCUCUCCUGGUCUUAAAGCAAUGGGUGUGGCCUGUGUGGACACAGCUGGUCCUUUUCUAUACCCUCAGAGUAUAGGGCAGGCCAGGUGCCCUGGCAACUAGACUGACAACCCCUCUACCCCACACUCAGCCCUCUGCAGCAGGUAGGGUGACUUCUCUUCAUCCCUGCCUGGAUACCUUUGUUCCAGAAGGCAUCAGGCCCCUAAAGAAUGUCUCACUCCUUUGCCUAGAAGUGAUGCCUUUCUGAAGGCUGGGGCUGGUGCCUUCUUCCCACUCUCCCGCCUAGUGAGUGUGGCGGUCAGGUGUCCUUUGCAUGCCCCUCCCUCACCCCAUGUGCCUUUAGACUGCACAGCCCAGUUUUAACCUCUGAUAUUCAUGACCAAACUAGUCCUGACACCCAGGGACCUGGGCCUCUGCCGACUGUCAGGAGCAAAACUUGAAGGCGUGGCGCUGCAGGCCUGGAAGAGAGUGAGGUGCCUUGAGUCCUAGCUUUUGGACGCUCAGGCCAAGAUGAGGAGUGACAUUCAAGGUCACACAGACAGUGUUGGGGCAAGAGCCCAGGCUUCCCGCUUCCAAGUCACCUGUGUUUUCUGGGACCAAAUAAUGAGCACCUGCCGGAGUCUGGGCAGAGCAGCCCUGCUCCAUCCUCCUCCAGCCCUCCCGAAUGCAGGGUCUCAUUUGGAGGGUUUGCAGGCUGUGCCAGCCCCACAAGUACAACUUGGACACUCAAAGACCUCUCUUGUAACCGUUUAUUCCCCCUUUCUAUCUCCAGCCAGGCAUGUGGCGUAGAGCUGUGCUGGGGAAGCAGAGUAGGGAGGAGGAGGAGGAGAAGGAGGAA